GCUCAAGACCCAAGACACAAGACCAGCCAUCUGAGGACCCUGGGAUGUUGUGAGAGCCGGUGGUGGGACUCUGGAACUCCCGACGCUACGACCUUAGGGGACACAUCCGUGCGGAAGGACUCAUAACCGACACGAAUUUCGUGGUCAGCCUUGGUUCAAUUUGUUCGCCCAAUUUUAGAGGAUUCGGACACCUUGAAGCCGCGAUGUCUGCGUUCUACUUCGGGACGCUGCUGACGACGACGCUGAUUCUCUUUUGCGGCACGACAAACGCACAGACGGACUUGGAGAGGGCGGUGCGGCUCAUGGAGGAAGUUCCACUCAUUGACGGGCACAACGACCUCCCUUGGCAGAUUCGAGCAAAAGUCAAAAACCAGCUGGGACAGAUCGACCUCGUCACGAUCAACACCACCCACACCAACAUCGACAAACUCCGCAGCGGACACGUCGGGGCCCAGUUCUGGGCAGCCUACGUGCCGUGCGACUCCCAGUACAAGGACUCCGUGCAGCAAACACUGGAGCAGAUCGACGUCAUCCAGAGAAUGUGCCACAAAUAUCCCGAUGCCUUCUCGUUCGCCACCACGGCUCAAGAGAUCGUAGAUGCCCACGCUGCUGGGAAAAUCGCUUCGCUCAUCGGAGUGGAGGGCGGUCACUCCAUCGACAGCAGCCUGGCGACUCUGCGCCUCUUCUACAACCUGGGGGUUCGAUACAUGACCCUGACUCACAGCUGUAACACUCCAUGGGUGGACAACUGGCGUGUGGACAGUGGCGAGGAUCCGUCACACUCCAAUGGGCUCUCUCCUUUCGGAAAACUUGUGGUGCUGGAGAUGAAUCGCCUGGGAAUGAUGGUGGACGCAUCCCACGUCUCCCUGAAAGCGACUCGGGACGCCCUCGAAGUUUCCGAGGCCCCCAUCAUUUUCAGCCACUCCUCGGCCUUCGAGAUCUGCAAGCACUACCGCAACCUGCCGGAUGACCUCCUGCUCAAAGUGAAAGAGACGAAAAGUGUGGUGAUGGUAAACUUCUUCAAUGCCUACGUCACCUGUUCAAUGACUGCCACGCUGUCAAACGUCGCAGACCACUUUGACCACAUCAAGAAAAUCGCUGGAAACGAGUCGGUGGGCUUUGGAGGGGAUUACGACGGAGUGCCGAGGGUGCCCACGGGACUGGAGGACGUUUCCAAAUAUCCACACCUGGUGGCCGAGCUCCUGAACAGGAACUGGACCGAGGCGGAAGUGAAGUUGGCGCUGGGUGGAAAUCUGCUGCGAGUCAUGAAGGCCGUGGAGCAGGUGAGGGAUUCUCAGAAGAGCAAACUGCCGGACGACAGCCGGAUUCCAGAAGAGGAACUGCUUGAAACCGGGUGCAGAACCGACAUCGAAUUGAAGAGCGAAUCGUCGGCGCCCCUCCGAGACGCAGCCCCCCUCCUCGUCCCUGUUUCGCUCGCUCUGUCGGCGCUGUCGCGUCUCGUGCAGUGAGCGAAGGUCGCACGGGCGGCGCGUCGCACGGGCCCUGCACGAACCGAACUGCUUCUCUGUGCGUGUUUGUCCCCUCCCACCCAUCCCGCCGUACCUCCGAUUAGCACGGCGCGAAAGAAGUUCGACGCACGUACAAUCGUCAUCGUCGAUAUCAUCAGCUCCACUCGAUCCACCGCUGGAUAGAGGUCUUCCCAAUCCGUCACCACCACCGCGCCUCGCCCCCAUCCCACGGUCUUGCGAUGAGGCAACGAUCCAUGCCGCUCCUCCUUGCGCCGCGUGCACGAUUCCAUCGCUCCGUCUCCACGGCCCGAUGUCGCUCGCUCGGCCGCGAAUCUCGUCCGACGGUCGACGAGUGGCCUGCACCCAGCCCACGCCGCCACCUGCUCAUGACCCUGCGACGCUCAGAAGCUGCACCAGCGGUCCGAUUCCAUCGCUCCGUGGGAUGGCAUGUCCAUCCACCACACAGGUGAAUGCAUCUUAACCAUCGUCAUCGGCCACGCUGCUGGAUGGGGGCCUCCCCAAGAUGCCACGAUCUCUCACGGUCCCGCGGUUCAACAACCCCCUAAUCCCCCACCCCAGCAACCUACAUCCUCUCAAACGCAUUCCAUUCCGUCACUACCGCUCCGUCAUCCCGUCCUCUCGAUGUGUUCUCCCCACGAGUGAUUCUCCGUGAUUUGAUGUCUGUCCCGAGGUGGCACGGGUGGCUCGAAGGGCCUAGGUUUGAAUCCAGGUUUCAGCCACCUGUGAACCUGCCUGGGUCCUUGAGUGCAUCGAGUUUGGUGGUCUCAGCCCGGUCACCAAUGACGGCACAAGAAAAAAACACCACCACCACGUUAAUUCUGCUUAUGUAUUUAAUUUGUCUAAAUACCAGCUCUGAGAAUUUUAAAAAUAUAUAUAUCGGGUUAACUUUAAACUGGGUAAAAGAGACAAAGUAAAUGUUUUUUUGUUAUCUCUACAAUAGUUACAAAUAAAAGAGGGUGAACAUUUGUUUUAAAACAUGGGUACAGUAAAUUUCAAUUUAAAGCUUUCGUGACUGCAGGAAUUCAUCUUCUUGGUUCAUUCGGUAAAGUCACGUAGAAGAGAAAUAAAAUAAUAAGAAUAAAAAAUAAUAAGAUAAUUCUCACGACGCUUCGGCCACAACGCAAGCAGUCGCCGUGAGAAUAAUUUUAUGUUUUAUUUUUAUUAUUUUAUUAUUUCCCUUCUACGUGACUUUACCGAAAGAACCAAGAAGAUGGGUACUGUAUUUACUCUGCAUACGUAGACUGCGAUGGUGGUAAAUUACUAAUCUUAAAAACGUAGAAUCGGUUAAUAAAUACGUAAUCGCACGUGUUUUGAUCAAAAAUAAAAAAGAUUUUCAGAU